AUGAGGGAGGAGGCGUUGGAGAGAGCGAGAGAGAGAGUGAGGGAGCGAGUGAGGGAGUUGGAGAGGGAGAGGGAGAGGAGGAGGGCGGAAGGAUUGAGGAGAGCGUGGGAGGAGGCCGCAAGAGCGGGAGGAGGAGGAGGGAACGGAAAACGAAGGGGUGCAGAACGGUUCAGUUGUCGGAGCGGCUACGAUCCCCGCAGUGCCUAUUUCAGUGGUUCGUUCUACGGAGGAGGAGGAGGGGGAGGAGGGGGUGAGAGUGGCUUUGACGAGAACGAGGAUGAUGAAGGGAGCGAGGAGGAGGAGAGGGAGUUCCAGGAGUGGCUUAGAGAGAGGAUUCGCAUGCGACGGGCACAGGAUGAGGCGGAAGAGAGGAGGACAGGGAGGAGCGUCGAUUGCGCCGUCAAACGGGGGCCCGUGGACUCACCCGCAGUGGUUGAAGUGAAGGGGAUUACAACGAGGGUGGUGCUGCCUGGGCCCACGUCACUAGGACAGUUGGAUGACUCAGCAGCGGAGCGCGGUGCGGUUGGUGACGUUAGCACCGUAAAGAAGGACGGACCGGCAGAGAUGACGGACGUUUUUAACGGUCGGAAGGGCUGUGAGAAUGAGGAGGAAAAAGCAGCGGAUGGAAGGAAAGAAGCGGAGGAGUUGAAAGAAGCGGAAGAGACGAAAGAAGCAGAGAAGGACGAGAAGGAAAUGGAAGAGGAGGAGGACGAAGACGAGGAAGAGGCAGAGCGGGAGGAGGAGGAAGAGGAAGAGAGAGACGAUGCGAAAGAGACGAUUCGAGCGCCGGAGGUGGAACCGAUAGCAGGGCAUAUUGACGGGGAGUUUACCGUUCUCUUUACCUCACCCUCAGUCUCUAUCUGCUCUUCCUCUUUCCCUUCCCGCGCUACAGCCCGCUCCAGCAGCCGCCGCACCUCUCGAUUCCGCCGCUCCAGCGGGAUCAGCGCACGCAGGCGCAGCAGCAGGCGGAGGGGGCGGGGAAGCGGCAGCGACCGCGGGGUCCCCGGGGAGGGGGACGGGGGAGAAGCUACCCCUGCCGCCAAGGCGUCCCCCUUUCUUCCUCCGCCAGCCAGCGCAGCGCGGCUUGGCGCGCCUCUCUCCGCCAGCACAGAGGCCAUUGACGCGCAGCUUGCGCGACCAUGCGCGCUAACCCAGGCGGAGCUGCUCAGUUCCCUAGCACCCGCCGCCGCCGCCACUGCAGGCACAGGCCGUGGGGAACGCGCAAGCUUCCGCGCGUUGCUCCGCCCGACGUUGGCAGCAGCAGCAGCGCGGUCGGGCGCGCGCAUAGGCACACGGGCGCGGGCCGCAGCAGCAGCAGCAGCAGCCGCCGCCGCAGCAGCAGCAAAGGCAGGAGGUGCGGCGGGUGCUGCGGGCAGUGGUGUUUCAGUCACUAGCGCAGGAUCGUGCGCGGAUCCUGCUGGGGCUGCUGGGCUGGGGAAGAAGGGACAGGCGGCUAAGGAGGAAGAUGAGGUGAUGCGAUUGGUGGGUGGGGAGGAAGGGGGUGCGGAUGGGGUGGGAGCAGGAGGAGCUACUGCGGAAGGAGGGGAUGGUGACCUCGUCUCGUUGCCUCCUCUCGUCACCUCCUCUCGUCAUUUCCUCUCGUCGCCUCCUCUCAUCACCUCCUCUCCUCUAAUCCCGCACAUGCUCAGUGGUGUGGUGAGGCCGCGUGCACCGUGGCGCAAGGACCCUGUUCUCAACUACGAUGUGGACAGCGAGGCCGAGUGGGAGGAGGACCCUGUGCUCAACUGCGAUGUGGACAGCGAGGCAGAGUGGGAGGAGGUAAGACUCUCGUCAUCUAACGGAAUGAGUCUGACUCUCGCUUCUGGAGAAACGAGAGUAGUGCAAGUGCUUGAGCCAACCAUGCUCAUAUCCCUGCCACUCCUUCCCACCGCUCCAUCUCCCUUUCAACCGCGCAAACGUCAGCAUGUGGUGCUGCCUAAGUGGGGCGGCAAGCGCAAGAGAGAGGCAGGGCCUGGCGCAAUCCGCAGUGGCAGCACCAUGCCUGUAGGGGACACAGGGACCUCGGAACCCACAAAGGCCUCGGGAACAACAGGGAACGGAGGAAACGGAGGGAGUGCUGGGAACACAGAUAAUACAGUAGAGGCAGGAGGUGCAGGAGGCACGGGAGGGAUUGGCAUGGCUGGGAGCAUAGGAGGAAAGGGGCGGAAUACAGAGCAGGAUUUGAACAAGGGUAAGGGUAAGGGCGAGGCGGAUGGAGGGUACGUUGGAAACAAGGCACAGGAUGGCAUGGAGGUGGAUGGUGGGGAGACAGCAGAUGGCACGACACAGGAUGGCAAGACAGGGUAUGGCGAUGACAAGCAGCGUGACAAGGAGAGUGACAAGGAGAGUGACAAGAUAGAGGGUGUCCAGGAGAAGAACAAGACAGCGGAUUUGGUUGUCAAGGAGAAUAGCAGUAGGGAGGAGGGUGCUGACAAGAGCAGCAGAGAAGGUGGGAAAGUUGAGAGUGCUGCUACAGGGGAGAAUCACGAUUUCACACCCCUGGGUGCAGGCCUGUGUAUGAGUCCUCCCUCUGGCGUGUGUGCCGGCAAUGGCUUUAAGAGGCCUGUAGCGGCUGCCAGUGGUGGUGGCGCCUGUGCAUCGACAGCAGGGCAUGCGGUAACAAUCCCUGGGGCAGCAGCAGUGGCAGGGGCUGUUGGGAAGGGUGAUGCAACCACUACUCCGAUAAAACCUCCUGCUGAGUCUGGUGAGCACUGCUGCACUCUCUUUCCCCUCCCUCCCGCCUUCCACCACCUCCGUUACCCCUUCCGAACACAGAGCCGUUCUUGCUCUUGCUUUCCUGGACCCUCGCGGUUCCCUCACUCCCCUCCCCUGGGUGCUCUCCUCUUCGUGAUCUAG